AAAGACAUCAACUACAUUUAAGUAUUAAGAUCAGUUAUUAUUGAGUAGAUAUGAAGACACUAUGAUAGUUUAAUCAUAGCAUUAUAACUAGUUAUUAAAUUAUGCUUUUAAUUUUAAGACUUUGCUUCGCUUUGCUGCUGGUUGCUCGGUCCCGGGCAAGGAUAAGACACUAUUUCAUCGCUGCAGUGGAAGUGGACUGGGAUUAUGCUCCGUCAGGACGAAACCUUGUUGGACCUGAUACUUUCACAUCCCGACGGCUUAUUGAGAACCGUGAUGACCAAAUAGGCAGUGUCUACCGCAAGGUGCUGUACCGCGAGUUCACGGACGCGACAUUCACUGAGCAAAUACCUGUACCGGACUGGAUGGGAUUUGUCGGACCUACUGUAAAGGCGGAAGUAGGCGAUUCGGUCAUCAUCUCGUUUAGAAACAUGGCUUCAAAGGGAAAUUUCUCAGUUCAUCCACACGGAUAUUUCUACGACAAACGGAGCGAAGGUGCCCGUUACUUAGAUGGAACGUCAGGCGCAGAUAAGUUGGACGAUGGUAUUCCACCUGGCGGAUCCUAUGUCUAUACCUGGCACGUCCCUGAGAGGCACGCCCCUACGGAAGACGACGACGCAUGUGUACCGUGGGGAUAUCAUGGGCACACAGCUUCACCGUACGACAUUGCUACUGGACUGGUCGGGUUCGCUCUCAUCUGCAAGAGAGGGACGCUUGAUCUCAAUGGCAAACGCAGAGACGUCGACAAGGAGUUCGUUGUAUACGCCGAUAUUGCCGACGAAAGCAAGAGCUUUUUCUUUGAAGAAAGCAUUCAGAAGUGCGGAGAGCCAGCUGCUUGCAAAGCCAGGGCUGAUGCUGGUGAUGAAGAUUUCGGACUAUCAAACGAAAUGCACCACAUCAAUGGCUAUGUCUACGGCAAUCAGCCCCCUUUCAAAAUGAGUCCAGGAGAUCGAGCGGUUUUCUACGUCAUGUCAUUGAAUCUGGCCAGCCACAUCAUGCGAAUACUUGGACAUACCAUGAUUAUAAAGCAAAGGCGCACAGAGAACGCAUUGGUCAACUCGGCGAGUUUCCUUAGCGCGAACACGGUAGCCGCUCAUCCUGGCCAUUGGCUUCUUUACUGCCGAAACCUUGACCACGUCAUUGAGGGUAUGCUUGCUUUCGUAGACGUAGAAAACAAACCAGUACUUUCAAACAUCGCUGGUUUAGGUCGAAGGUUAGGGAAGACGCGAACAUAUUACCUUGCCAUUGAAGAGAUCAUAUGGGAUUACGCACCAGGACUCACUCCCGACAGUUCCAGCUCCGUGUUCCUCCAACAAGGUCCAAACCGGAUUGGUUCCCGGUACAAGAAGGCUGUAUACCGACUAUACACGGACGGCACAUUUACCACGCCAGUAAUAAGAGGAGCGGAAGAUAUUCACAUGGGUUUUACCGGUCCUCCUAUUAAAGGCGAAGAAGGGGAUGUUAUUGUGGUUGUCCUUUAUAAUAAAGCGUCCAGAGAAUACUCAUUUUUGGCCGGAGGUGUGUCCAUGUCAAAGGAAAAUGAAGGGGCCGUGUAUAAGCAAAAUGUUCAAGAAGAUACCACACCAACUGGAGCUAGCGUUCCACCAGGAACGAUUCGCAGGUAUAACUUCUUUGUUUCCUCGAUUGAUGCUCCGACAAAGAUCGACCCAGACUGCCUCACAUACAUAUAUCGCUCCGCUGUAGACCUAGAAAAAGAUUUCUACAGUGGCCUUUUUGGCCCCAUGCUCAUAUGUAAACAUGGGAAGCUCGACAAGGCUGGCAAAAAGAGACACAGAGAGUUCUUCCUAAACUUUCUCGUGGUUAAUGAAAACCUGUCUCAUUAUCUGACCGAGAACAUUAACAUGUUUGCGACCUCCCCCGCAACUGUCGACCCUGAAGAUGAAGGAUUUCAACUUUCUAAUAAAAUCAGAGCCAUCAAUGGUUUUACAUUUGGAACACUACCCGGAUUGAACAUGUGUUAUGGAGAUCAGGUCACGUGGCAUGUGUACACGUUAGGGCCUGAUAUUGACAACCACCAUGUGACCUUUGAAGGCAACAACUUCGUGUUUGACGGCAUGAAUAUUGACACAGUGUCUGUUUUUCCGGGAAUGGGGCAUAGUGUCGACAUGAUCCCGGACCAACUUGGAUAUAAUCGGUUGCGUUGCGGUCAGCUGGGUCUUGAGAAAGAAGGGAUGUUUGCUUGGUAUAACGUCGAUUCAUGUUAUAGUCGGUCACGAAUUGGUCGUCUGCCGAAGUCUGGGAUCACGCGCCGGUAUUACAUCGGAGCAUUAAAUGUGGAAUGGGAUUACGCGCCAGUCAAAGUGCAUCCAAUUACUGGGAAAAGUUUGUUUACUCCUACCAGUCCCAGUUACAUUUUCGUGAGAGGCGGACCUGAUUUUGUUGGAAGUAUCUAUACUAAAACCGUGUACCGCGAAUUUACCGACAGCACAUUCACCAAGAUGAAACCUCAACAUGUGAACCUCGGGAUAAUCGGUCCAUACAUACGUGGAAAUGUCGGAGACACAAUAGAAAUACAUCUGAAAAAUAUGGCAAACUUUCCAUUGAAUAUAGUCCCUAAAAACCUACCUUUUGCGGAUGGGUCAGUUAUAAGCAGUGCAUUGCCCACGUUUCAAGGCACCGUUGGAAUAUAUAAAUAUUCUAUCCCUGAACGAUCUGGGCCCAAGAAAGAUCAGCCAAAUUGUGUGGGAACUAUAUAUACCUCACGUGUGGAUCCACUAAAAGAUGCACAUAGCGGUCUGAUUGGCCCAAUGGUAAUAUGCAAGGAAAGAACUCUUAAUGAAAAUGGCCAAAGAACUGAUGACAUUAAUGUUGAAUUCGCAACAGCUUACUUUAUUAUAGACGAAAAUCUGAGUCAUCAUAGUACUUCCAAUUUUGCACAACGGGCACCUGGUAGAGUGAACGUUAAGGAUGCUGAUUUCGUAGAAAGCAAUCAGUAUUAUUCAAUAAACGGACUCAUUUAUGGAAACCUGAUUGGCCUUGAUAUGCGAAUAGGACAGAGGAGUGCUUGGUACGUCUUUGGAAUGGGUAUGGAAGACGACAUCCAUACAGUGCAUUUCCACGGGCAGUUAUACAUACGAAAUACAGAAUUAACAUUUCGAGGGGACGUUCUUGAGGUUUUCGCGGGAACAUAUGAAACUGUAGAGAUGGAAGCAUACAAUCCGGGCACUUGGCUUUAUCAUUGUCACGUAAGCACCCACGUGAUAAAUGGCAUGGAAACCGUCUACAAUGUUCUUCCAUGAUCCAUUAACCUGGGAAAGUGAUUUCAAGAGACAAAAGAGGUCACAGUCAUCUAUCAGCGUGUGUAUCAUCUUUGAAAUGUUGACUUAUACCGAUUAAACACACACACACCACUACAUCCUCUUGCCACGUGGAAGAUUAUUUAUUAAUGCAUAUUGCAAUUUUAUCCUAUGAAGUAAACAGAGAUGAAACCUUAAUUGAAGUUAACUGUGGGACUACCUCAUGUGUCAGUCUUUGAGAUGUUUCAUUUAUGUGCCAUGAGAGUCGAAGAAGAAAAUUGAACAAUAAAUUGUCCGAUAUGGUUAAAACAGUUUACAGCUGAUGUUUUUGAACAUGUAAAUAUGGUAAUAUAUGGAAAACAUACGUUGAUUAACAUGAAAAUUU